UGCGACAAUUUGCCACAUUACCCCCAUUCCUUCAUUUUCAAUUUUCAUUCUUCUUCUUACAUUACAAUACAAUACAACAAACUGUUCUUCACUUUCAACAUCUUUUCUCAUCCCACUCUCACCAACCAAACCAGAUGGACCCCACACCUUCCUUUCACCGUCGAUUUCCCUCCUCCUCCGACCGCCUACUCGGCGCCUUCAACUUCUCCCCUUCCACCACCUCCGCCGCCGCCGGCGAUGAGCUCACCGAAGCUGAACUUUUCAACUGGUCCUCCGACAGCUCCGAAUCUGAAAAUCAACAACGUCCACCACCUCAACCGAAGGAGCUUACCCGUCAUCGGAGUUUUGAUCUAUCUCAAGACUCCGGCAUACUUGCUGUCCUAUCAGGCUCCGACAACUGCCGUGGUGACUCGCCGGUGUUCCGUGGUAAAUCUCCCGUUUCAUCUUCCAGAAUGAUUCCUUCGUUUCCGAGACCAAGACCUUCCGAGAAUAUGAUUCAAUCCAUGCCUACUAGAAAAUUCUUUCAACAAUCUGCUCCGGUGAAGGUUCCGAUUAUGCCGCCGAGUCGAUUCCCGAGGCGUAGGGAUGUUGAUGAGCUUGCCGUGUUGGAUGAUGAUGAUGACGACGGCGAGGAGUUGUUGCCGCCGCAUGAGAUUGUGGCGAGAGGCUCUGGUGUUUCGCCGAGAACUACUUUUUCGGUUUUGGAAGGAGUUGGAAGAACUCUCAAAGGGAGAGAUCUUCGUCAGGUUCGAAACGCUGUUCUGCGCCAAACCGGUUUUCUUGAUUGAACCGGUUUUUUUUAAUCCGUUGAGGUGGAGAAGAAGUUCAAUUUUGAUAACUUCUUUACACCAUUUAUGAUGAUGAUAACUUCAAUUAGUAGGAAUUUUGGUUUUUGUAUUCGAUUUUUGUUCUAUGUGAUUUUAUAAAAUUUGGGUAUGAUAUAUUUUAAUGAAGAAAACUUCGAUUAAAUUUUGUUUA